UGGUCCUCUGAUACGUUUCAGAAUGCCACUGGUAAAAAGGAACAUAGACCCGAGGCACCUGUGCCACACAGCGCUGCCCCGAGGUAUCAAGAAUGAAUUGGAAUGUGUCACCAAUAUUUCCUUGGCGAAUAUAAUCAGACAACUGAGUAGCCUAAGUAAAUAUGCUGAAGAUAUAUUUGGGGAACUUUUCAAUGAAGCGCACAGUUUCUCAUUUAGAGUCAACUCCUUACAAGAACGUGUAGAUCGCUUAUCUGUCAGUGUUACACAACUUGAUCCAAAGGAAGAGGAAUUGUCACUGCAGGACAUUACAAUGAGGAAAGCUUUCCGGAGCUCCACAAUUCAAGAUCAGCAGCUGUUUGACCGCAAGACGCUGCCUAUUCCUUUGCAAGAAACUUAUGACAUUUGUGAACAGCCUCCUCCACUUAACAUUCUCACCCCUUACAGGGAUGAUGGAAAAGAGGGUUUGAAGUUUUAUACCAAUCCUUCAUACUUCUUUGAUCUGUGGAAGGAAAAAAUGUUGCAGGACACCGAGGACAAAAGAAAAGAAAAGAGGAAGCAGAAGCAGAAAAAUCUAGAUCGCCCUCAUGAACCAGAAAAAGUGCCAAGGGCACCUCAUGACAGACGGAGAGAGUGGCAGAAGUUAGCCCAAGGUCCGGAGCUUGCAGAAGAUGAUGCUAACCUCUUACAUAAGCACAUUGAAGUUGCUAAUGGCCCAGCUUCACACUUUGAAUCAAGAUCUCAAGCAUAUGUGGACCAUAUGGAUGGAUCAUACUCGCUUUCUGCAUUACCGUAUAGCCAGAUGUCGGAACUUCUGAACAGAGCCGAGGAGCGAGUGUUGGUCAGACCACAUGAACCACCACCACCACCUCCAAUGCAUGGAGCAGGGGAUGUGAAACCAGUACCUCCUUGCGUUAGUUCUACUACUGGCUUGGUAGAAAAUCGUCCUCAGUCACCAGCAACAGGCAGAACACCAGUGUUUGUGAGCCCCACUCCUCCUCCUCCACCACCGCCACCUCUUCCAUCUGCUUUGUCAACUUCAUCGUUAAGAGCUGCAAUGACUUCCACCCCU